GGAGCACGAGGGUUUCUAUUCUGGAAACGAUCCCCUGUGCGUGUGGAUGAUGGCUCUUUAUAAAAAGGCCUUAAAGACUCCCGAGAUGUGACCCUUUUUUCCUCUCUCUCUAUUCUUCAUAAGAUUUGAAAACUCGAAUAUAACCACACGUUACCAGACGAAUACCUCACUCUUCACCUCAAUUUUCCAACCAUAUCUUUUUUUAAUAGAGCUUUUACAAACAUAUCAUCAUGAGCAACGUUACCAACAAAGUUAGGGAUGCCAUCGCUAGCCAGCAGGACGAUACUACCACCGACCGCACCGCCGGCCCACAUAGAUCUGAUAUGGCCAACCGUGCUGAUCCCCGAGUCGAGUCAGACCGUGGCCACCACGGAAACCCAGUGGGUGGGGCCGGCCUAGGCGGAAUGGGCUCAACUCAUACUGCAGGCUCGACAAAUUAUGGUCCCCACGAUUCAAACAUUGCAAACAAGGUGGAUCCCAGAGUCGACUCUGAUAGAGAUGGCCAUGGGCUCCACAAUGCUUCUGGUGCUCAUGGAGCUAUGGGUCUUGGCACCGGUUACAACACUUCCACCAACGUUGGUCCUGACCGUGAGGGCCGCGCGGGCCUUGGUUCAACCACUCAAGGUGCCCCUGGUAUCGGAUCUACUGGAACACACACUGGCACUGGUUACGGUACUUCCACUAGCCAUGGCCCUCAUGGCUCCAACGUAGGGAACAAGCUCGACCCCCGUGUCGAUUCUGACCGCGACCACCGCGCCUCGCAGGCCGCUACAUCUACCGGCCCUGCACCCGACACCGCGGGCCCACACAAGAGCGACCUGAUGAACAAAUUGGACCCCCGCGUGGACUCCAACCUUGAUGGCAGCAAAACUAUAGGCGCUGAUAAGACUUAUACUGCCGGCAGUGGUGCUACCAGGGGUAUGCAUCAGUAAAAAUUGAGUAAUGACCACCCCGUACGACACAGCACAGGUGCCGCCGAGUCAAUUCCAGAAGGCUACGGGUGCGAGCCGCCCUACAUCUCGGGGGAGUGGAUUGGGUGGGCCAUGACUUUUUUUUUUUGUUGGCUGGAAACGGGUACGGGUGGUCGUGCUCGCAUGAUUGCGUUAUUUUAGGAAUUGGAUUGGAUUGGAUAGGUAUGGUAGUUCGCUACCUUAGAAAUCAAAACAACUGAAUCGUGUGCU